AUUAAACCAAUGAACAAUAAUGAGGCUGGAUGGCUUGUGGGUACCUUGUACCUUCACUUUAUAUAAGUCCUUUCUUUUGUUAGCAAUGUUUUGUAACACCCAAACAUAUAACAAGAUGGCUUCUUUUCAUAUCCAAUAUUCAUUCCUUGUGCUUGUGCUUGCUAUGGUGAUCACAUUGAUGAACCCUACCAAUGCAACCCUCUCUCCCCAUUUCUAUGAUAAAGUUUGCCCUCAGGCAUUGCCAGUCAUAAAGUCAGUGGUUCAACGAGCAAUUAUCCGUGAGCGACGCAUAGGAGCAUCUCUUCUGCGCUUGCAUUUCCAUGAUUGUUUCGUAAAUGGGUGUGAUGGAUCAAUAUUGCUAGAUGACACCCGAAACUUCACUGGCGAGAAGACUGCAUUGCCAAAUCUUAAUUCAGUCAGAGGUUUUUCUGUGGUUGAUGAAAUCAAAGCUGCGGUGGACAAAGCCUGCAAACGCCAUGUGGUCUCAUGUGCAGAUAUCUUGGCCAUUGCAGCCCGUGAUUCUAUAGCCAUAUAUGGGGGUCCACACUACUGGUACCAAGUAUUGUUGGGCAGAAGAGAUGCAAGAACUGCAAGCAAAGCUGCUGCAAACUCCAAUCUUCCUCCUCCAACAUUCAGCUUCUCACAGCUUGUUUCCAACUUCAAAUCUCACGGCUUAAACGUGAGGGACCUUGUGGCCCUCUCUGGAGGCCACACCAUAGGGUUUGCAAGGUGCACCACCUUCAGAAACAGAAUCUACAACGUAAGCAACAACAUAAUAGACCCCACGUUUGCAGCAUCUGUGAGGAAGACAUGUCCGAAAAGCGGAGGAGACAACAACUUGCAUCCACUUGAUGCUACACCCACAAGAGUUGACACCACAUACUACACGGAUUUGCUGCACAAAAAGGGUCUUCUCCAUUCUGAUCAAGAGCUGUUCAAGGGAAAAGGCACAGAAAGUGACAAAUUGGUGCAACUAUAUAGUAGAAUCCCUUUGGCUUUUGCUAGAGAUUUUAAAGCUUCAAUGAUCAAGAUGGGGAACAUGAAGCCUCUCACUGGGAGGCAGGGAGAAAUCAGAUGCAAUUGCAGAAGGGUCAACUAGUUGGAUUGCAAGGUCUGGAUUACAAUAAUGGCAUAUACAGUGGAAAGAAUAAGAAACUGUAUUGUUUUAUAAGGUUAGUCAUGUCAGUUUUUAUUUUUGCUAUAAAAAAGUUUAAGUGGGAUGGAUUCGGAAACUUAUCAAGACUCAAUGAGUUUAAGUGAGUUGGAUUCCGAAAAAGUUUAAGCCGUUGGGUUGAGAUGCUGAGUUUCUAUGUUAAGAUUCAAUUGUAUUUUUAUGUUGUAUGUGUUGGUUUCAAUCCAAAAGGAAUUACUCUUUUCAAGUACUAAGCAACUUCAUAUGUAUCGUGAAUUGAACUCAAAUGGUUAUUACAUCGUUAACUUCUAA